UGAAUGGAUAUAACGUGGUGAGUUUUAUACUACCAAGCAUUCUGGAUUCCGGAUUUGUACACAAUUUACAUUUUCUUUUGGAUAUAAUGUUUAAUUUUCAUGGAUUUUAAAUUCAUAUCGGAAGGAAUGUGAGUUAAUAUCGCCAGAUUCAGAUGAUGCAAAAUACACACCAGGAUAUUAUCCUUAAAACGAGGAAAAAACGACAAUCAAUGUUUAGUGAUGUGAUGGAGAAUGAAUUGCUGAGAUGUGAGAUUAUUAUUUCCCUCUUAAAUUAAAAAGUGACUGAUUAUGUGUGAUGUGUAAAGCAUCUGAUUACAUAUUACAAUAGACUUUGAUGUGAUAAUUCUAGUGAUGUGAAAUAGGAGGGAUAUGAACAAAUUAUACCAACAUCUGGAUAUGUUUAUCAUUUUAAGGUAAUUGUGUAUGAUAGCUAGAUAAAAAUGGCUAAUAGCCUGUUGAAAAGCAAGCGCUUUUUCUGUCGGGAGUGGGCUUUUAGUAAAAUCAACCACUGCCUGGAGAAUCGUCCCUCGUCCAAGACAUGUGGCGCUCUCAUUAUGGGUGGACCUGGGUGUGGUAAGACUGCACUGUGCUGUGAACUAGUGUGGCCUACAGCCUCACAGGGCAAACAGAAAGUACUUAAUAAGAGAAUCCUGUCCUUCCAUUUCUGUCAGGCUCAUGACAUUGGUAGUUUGUCAUUGGCUAGUUUUAUCUGUGACCUUGUGAAACAAUUACAGGAAUCAAACCUGAUUAGUGGCUACCGAGAGCUUGUUAGUUCCACCGAAAUACAACAGUUAAUUAGCCCUACUGAAUGUGAAAAAAAUCCUGAUGUAGCGUUCCAGAAGGCAGUGUUAGAACCUCUAUCUUCAUUACAGUCCCCAAAACAGACUCUGUUCAUGCUUGUGGACUCAGUGGACGAGUCCUACCUAACUUGUACAAGUGAUAGGACUACUGGCAGUAAAACAAUAGCUGAGUUACUGGCUAAUCAUCAUACAGAUUUCCCCAAGUGGUUGUUAUUGGUGUGCUCAUCACGUAAACAGAGCAAGUCAGUCACACGACUGUUUACAGGAUUUCGUAAAAUUAGUCUGGACGAUUUGAGAAAAUCUCAUGUGGUUCGAGAUGUCCAACAGUACAUCCUGUGUCGCCUGGACCAGGAGGAGGAGCUACGACAGCAUCUCAGUCGCGACACGGCGGAAAUGUUGAACCAACUGCACAUCAAAAGCAACGGAUGUUUCCUAUAUUUAGAGAAAGUUUUGGAUGGUGUGGCUGAGAAUUUUAUCAUGCUGAGAGAAAUUCGUGAAAUUCCCGGAACAUUGAAUGGUUUGUAUUUGUGGUUGUGCCAAAGAUUAUUUGUUCGUAAGCAAUUUACCAAGAUACAGCCGAUUUUGAAUGUGAUUUUGGCCUCCCGUACACCACUCAGUGAGUCUGAACUGUUUCAGUGUGUAAGGACAAAAAACACGACGCUCACGGAGAAGGAAUUUCUAGGUAGACUAAAGCUAUUAUCUAAGAUACUAAUAGAAGGACAGAAUCAUUGCAAAAUACUUUUCCAUCACAGUUUUGCUGAGUGGCUGUUGGAUGUGAAGCACUGUACACAGAAGUAUCUAUGUCUGGCUGCUGACGGCCAUGGCAUGUUGGCGAUGCAUUCCAUGGUAAAUGGCCCCAAAUUAACUGCUCUACAAGUACAGGAUUUUGCUGGGCAUCUGGUGAAGGCUAAUUUACAGGACCCACUCCAGCAUCACCACUUGGUACAGAUAUUGUUGCUGUCUGAGGCCAACGUGGAGGACAGCUUGUCAGCAGGUGUGCCCAAAGAACAGAAGGUUACCAAACUUUUACUUGACGCUGGUGCCAAGCCUCCAGAGGACUCGGAGGAGGCCCAAACAGCAAGUCUUCAUGCGAGCAUGAUAGAGGAAGCAGAGGCUGAACCCAAGCUUCCAAUGGAACUUGAUAUUCCUGUUAAUCAAAUUGACAGUAAUGGUCGGACAUUAUUACAUACAUCAGCACACCAAGGAAACUUGGAAUUAGUUAACUUUAUUUUGUCAAAAUCUGUGGAAUUGGAAGUGGUUGACAAGAAUGGUCAAACGGCCUUGAAUCUAGCUGCAAGACAAGGCCACCCAGAGGUUGUGGCUGCAAUUCUCAAGGCCGGUGCUCAAGUUGACCAUGCUGAUGGAGAUGGCUGGACACCGCUUCGGUCAGCUGCUUGGGGUGGAAACACUGAAGUGGUUAGUUUACUUCUAAGUGCCAAUGCUGAUGUCAACCAUGCAGAUGCUGACCAGAGAACGGCCUUGAGGGCUGCGGCUUGGGGAGGUCAUGAGGAAAUCGUUUUGAAAUUACUGAAACAUAAUGCUGAUGUCAACAAGGCAGAUAAUGAGGGUCGGACAGCACUUAUUGCUGCGGCGUACAUGGGACAUGCUGAAAUUGUCAACCACCUUUUGAAAUAUGAUGCGGAUAUCAAUCAUGAGGAUUGUGAUGGACGCACAGCGUUGUCCGUUGCAGCACUGUGUAUUCCUGCAAGUCAAGGACAUGAAGAUGUGGUCAGUAUCCUAUUGGAACAGGGGGCAGAGGUCAACCAUCAGGACAAGGACGGCAUGACGCCACUUUUGGUGGCCGCUUGUGAAGGUCACAUGGAUGUGUGUGAACUGUUGCUGGAUUCUGACGCGGAUUGUGAUCACACUGACACGAAGGGACGGACUCCUUUACUGGCCGCAGCAUCCAUGGGACACUCUAAAAUCGUGAACCAGCUCCUUUUCUGGGGUUGUGCUGUGGAUACGAUAGAUUCUGAAGGACGGAUUGUGCUGAGUAUUGCUGCAGCUCAGGGCAACGUGGACAUUGUCCAGCAGUUGCUUGACCGUGGUCUUGAUGAGAUGCACAAGGACAAUGCGGGAUGGUCCCCUCUACAUAUGGCUGCUUAUGAGGGACAUGUCGGGGUUUGCGAGACUCUCAUUAACCACUGUGCUCGUGUCAACGAAACAGAUAAUGAUGGUCGGCAUCCUCUUAUUUUGGCCGCUCAAGAAGGUCAUCUGGGAGUGGUCACUUGUGUUGUCCAGCAUGGCUCUGCCACCGAUCACCGAUCACAUGACGGAAAGACUGCAUUUAGAGUUGCAGCAUUUGAAGGCCACAAGGAAGUGGCUCGAUAUCUCAUCUCCAUGGGAACCAACAUCAGCUACAAGGAUGCAGAUGGCAGAUCAACGCUCUACAUCCUGGCUCUUGAAAACAAAGUAGACAUGGUUGCCUUUAUUUUAGAAAUGGGAGUUGAAGUAGAAUGUACAGAUCUUGAAGGACGCACAGCUUUACAUGUGGCUGCAUGGCAAGGUCAUUUUGAGGUCGUAGAACUCUUGUUGCGAUACAACGCAAAUGUGAAUGCUGUAGACAAUGAUCAGAGAACGGCUUUACAGUCGGCUGCAUGGCAAGGUCAUGAUAACAUUGUCCAGUUACUACUGGAGAGGGGAGCAUCCGUGGACCACACCUGUAACCAGGGAGCCACAGCAUUGUGUAUCGCAGCUCAAGAGGGACACGAAACUGUGGUAAAGGUUCUUCUCACGUACAAGGCCAACCCAAACCAUGCUGAUCAGUUCGGGAGGACACCAGUAAGGGUUUCGCUAAAGAGUGGACAUUCCAAAGUGUGUAAAAUUCUAGAGGAAUUUGGUGCAGUGCUUCCCAAUAGUAGUAAAAGUCGAAGCAGUUCGUCUGCAUCUAGUAAUGAUGCUCGGCCAUCGUGUGUUACUGGGCCAGUGAAUGGUGUAGGGGUUGUAGUCAAUGGCAACCAACUUAACAGUUCACCCUCGGACUCUCCCGACUCGACAUUCGACAGGAGAAAGUCUUAUGCAUCCAAUAACUCCUCCAAGUCCUCCAGUAAUUUAACAUCCUCCACAAACCAGAGUUCACAAAGCGGUGCAACAACCACCACAAAUGGAGACUGCUUGACCUUCACCCAACAGUUACAGCAGUGUUCAAUGGCGCGGCAUCGUACACGUCCCAUCAGUCGUGUUCUAUCACCCGUUAGUGAGCCACAGAGUCCCGUACAGUCACCACCAAUGUCACCAAACACAGAGGUUCAGAAAAUCGUAGGAAAUGAACAAAAACUUUCACCAGUGACGGAAAGAAAUUUUAACAUUCUCGGACCGUCACCCGUCAAAUUUCCCAACUGUAAACACAAGGAAAUCAAGGCAACCAUAAACAUUAUCACAAAUCCAAACGCAGAUUUAUCCGAGGAACCAGUGUGGCUUGUUAAUCAUGCACAUUUUCAAAACAAUUUAGAAAAACUACGGUUAAAACAAAACGCAAUGACAUGUGAUCAGCCUAUUAUGGGACAGAGUGCUUUGGAAAUGCGAUCGCCAGACACAAAACCAAAACGAAAUGGAAUUGUAACAAAUCCAAAAAUCAAAGGAGUGAAUGGACAGUUUAAGAAGGUUCUUGAAAGGAAUGACAAAAUCAUUAAUGGUACGAAUGGCUCACUGAUAAAUAAUGAGCACAAUGUCCCAAGUAACAACUACAAGGGUCCCCCGCGACCUAAUGGCCUUCCCCUGAAGAAGGAAACCCCCUUGUGACUAGCACAGCAAUACACAAUAUCAUCUGUACAGAAAAAUGGCUGAGAACAAGGAUCUGAUGUGAUUUGAUGGCUGUACAGGGAUUUGUGUAAGAGAAAGGUAGGGGACCUGCAUCACAGCAGAGGGAUAAUUUGGUCUGUGGCCUUGGGAUUCUCAGGAUUUACGAGGAUGAACCCUGGGAAAUCGGAUUGUUAUAGUCGUCCAUGACAUCUCAGACUAGGUCACAAAUGGAAUUACCCAGUGCUUACUGUUGAGUGCUCUAUGUCGAUGGAAUAUCUGGUUCUUGUGCAAUACAUAGUCUGAAAAUACAGAAGACAGUAAAUCGAUGGACCUAUUACGGACAUAUGCAGAAUUGUGUUUUUUCUCUGUUACAUGAGAUUCUGCUGCCAAUCUGUGUGUAACUGACUCGACAGAACUGAAAUUUUAUGCCAACAUUUCCGUGGAGAAAUCUAUCAUUAUGACUGUAAAAACGUGGAUAUCACAUGUAGCAGAUGAGUUUUCUGAUACAGACAUUAUUCUGAAGCAUAUAUGUGUCCACAUAUUGGCUGAGAUAGACUCGGAGGAAGUCUCGUUAUCAAGCAGUAAAAGUGGAUUACUGCCACAGACGUUCCAGAUAGUGCCCUCCAUUAAGUGUAUUUGUUGGUACAUUGCUUCAGCUUUUCCACCAGAUGCAGUCUUUGUGCAAUGAGUAUGAUAAAGAUAUGACGAGGCGUAUUAGAGGAUGCUUUGAUGGUUGUACAGAACAAUGUGCUACCUUAUCUUCUGACUGGAGAUUAUAUUAGGAAAACCAUGUUCAAAGACACUGUGCAUUUAUAUGUAGUCGGAUAAUAUCAAACGCCCCUUUUAUUGUUGAUAAUUUUGUGAUUGUCUGAUGUAGACUUUGUACAGUGAAAAAUAAGCAUGGCUUUUUCUGAUCCUGGCAUUUACUCCAAGUCUGUUACAGCUUACUUGCAUAUGUUGAAAUUUCUUUCUUCAUGUUUGUAAAAUUAGAAAAAAAUAUUCAGGCUGUAAACUGUAGUAGACUUGGGAAAGGAAGAUAAAAUGUCGGGUCAUUCAUUAUGGAUUGAAAGGCAAACCCAUACUGGUGCUCUAUAUCAUUCAUCGCAGCUGGUGUCAUAGUGCUAUGCAAUCCAUUUUGUAUAUUGUUUGGACACAAAUGAGUUCUGUAUGGUCUAAGGGGAGUAACUCAGAUAACUUUUGGUGCAAUAUUUGUGAGAAACUGCAGUAUUAAUCUGAUUUUGAUAAGUAAGUGUAUAUAUCAUAAAAAUCAGAAGUAUUUGGAAAAAGAUGACAUGAUUUAACAGUUUUGUAGAAUGUAUUAGUUAGAAUAUAAUUUAUUAUUUCUUGUAACAUAUUUUAGUUUAAAGAAAUACACAUAUAUGUAGAGUCGUUGAAAGAAUUCUUAUUUCAGUUGAAAUAAAAAUAAUGGUUUUUGAUUUGAUGAACAUUACUGACCAACUGGCUUUUGCUUUUACUAUUUACAUCCCAAAUAGGCUUCAAUUUAUAGAGAUUUAUAUGAUCUGGACUGAAAUACGACGGAUCUAGGCCACGCUGGAUAUUAUGUGGUGUUUGUGUAUAACUGCUGCUAAGUAAUGCCUGUAUAAGGUAUGCAUGUAAAUACUUAUACAUACAGUAACUGUGAUUACCAAUGUUGUUAUUUCUAAACAGUACAUGUUUUAGUCCCUGUGGCACUGUGUUGUGGUACAGGUGGCUGUGUAGGAAGUGCUACGUCUACGUCCCAGUGUAUGUAUACAUAUAUUAAUGUUAUUCAGAUCUGAUCAGAGAAUAUUAUCAUCAGUAAAUGUUCCAGUGUUUCAUUUUAUACAAUUCCCCAAAAAUUUGUUUUCGUACAUUGCAAACUACAUUUCAUACAAUUUUAUAGAUUAACUGGCUGUAAAUUCUGUAAGCUUGGUAGUGUAGGGUAGUAAAUCAAAGGAAGGGUGUCUGGCACAAGUUUGUAGAAAAAAUACAGAGAAAUGUCAGUGUUAAGGCUGUAUAACAAAAGAUGUAAGACAAUACAUUGGAAGUGUACUCGAUUGUAUGGUAAAAUCUACAGUAACCUUUCAUACCAGACAUUUACUGUAUAAAAGUAGUCCCUGAUUUGGUAGGUGUACAGGUAUGCUUGAGUCUGACAAUUUGUAAAGUGUAAGCAAAACGUAGAAUUUAUCUAUUUAACUACAAUUUCGAAACAUAGUUAUAUUAACUUAUAUUACUGUUGUUGGCCCUGAUGGCAGUGCAGGAGAGGUCUUAUUGUAGUACCGAGGAAAAUCCAUAUGAUCUGGCAGGUGACCUACCUUUUCAGGUCCAAACAGGGAAUUGAACCCAGGCCGCCUAAGUGAACGGCAAUAAGUGUGUUACCACUGUGCCACCCGACCACACAUUGUCAAGUGGCCAUAGAUUUUGAUACACAUACAUGACAACAUUAACUUGUUGAACCUGUCUAAGCUACCAUGUACAGGCUUCAGAUGUUUUCUUGUGGUAAUAAUAAGUCCUGGAUGUAAAACAGCAAUGUCUGAUGAGCUAAUGUUGUGUUAGAACCUUUCAGAACCUUUAAGGAAUUCACAUAGUGGAUGCAGACCAUUUUUUGUUUGAUAUUCAAACAAAUCAUAGACCUAAUAUUCUAGGUAGUUAAUUAUGGAAAUGUUUUUGACUUUACAAAAUGCUGAUAACUAUAUUUAGAUACAUGUAUAGGUAAAUGAGAGUAGUUAUUGAUGCCAGUUUGGACUGAAAGAAAACAAUUUAAGCAUAUAAUUAGAAUUACUUAAUAAUUGGAUAUGCAGUAAAUAAAAUCACAAUUAGAAUAUAUCUUAUGUUUCUUGAAUGUUUAUUGAAAUUUAUUACUAAUCUGAAAGCUAUAUCUGGGGACUUAGAUUAGAUCUACACAUGUGCUAUAUCUUUAUUAUUAGAAAAGUUAAGUUUAUGAUACAGCAUUCAAACUCUUGUACAUGUUUAAGUGAAUCAGGCGAACUUACUUCAAUUUGACAAGAGUAAACAAAGUUAAAAUGAUUU